GCAGAAAGAUGGAGUCUAUGAUGCUGAAUUUGCGGAAUCUGUUUGAGCAGCUUGUGCGCCGGGUGGAGAUUCUCAGUGAAGGAAAUGAGCUCCAAUUUAUCCAGUUGGCUAAGGACUUUGAGGAUUUUCGUAAAAAGUGGCAGAGAACAGACCAUGAACUGGGGCAAUACAAGGAUCUUUUGAUGAAAGCAGAGACUGAGCGUAGUGCUCUGGAUAUUAAGCUGAAGCAUGCACGCAAUCAGGUGGAUGUAGAGAUCAAACGGAGACAGCGGGCUGAAGCUGACUGUGAAAAGCUGGAACGACAGAUUCAGCUGAUUCGAGAAAUGCUCAUGUGUGACACAUCUGGCAGUAUUCAACUAAGUGAAGAGCAAAAAUCAGCUCUGGCUUUUCUCAACAGGGGCCAACCAUCCAGUGGCAGUGCUGGGAACAAAAGACUCUCGACCAUUGAUGAAUCUGGCUCCGUUUUAUCAGAUAUCAGCUUUGACAAGACCGAUGAAUCACUGGAUUGGGAUUCUUCGAUAAAGACUUUCAGACUGAAGAAGAGACAAAAGAGGCGCUCCAGUAGCCGACAGUUUACUGAUGGUCCACCUGGGCCUGUAAAGAAAACUCGUUCUAUUGGCUCCACAGUAGACCAGGGGAAUGAAUCUAUAGUUGCAAAAACUACAGUAACUGUUCCCAAUGAUGGUGGGCCUAUUGAAGCCGUGUCCACGAUUGAGACUGUUCCAUAUUGGACCAGGAGCCGAAGGAAAACAGGUACUUUACAACCUUGCAACAGUGACUCUACCCUGAGCAGCAGGCAGCUGGAAUCCAAACCUGAGCCAGAUACUGCUGGCACGCCUCAGAGUAAUGGAGGGAUGCGCUUGCACGACUUUGUCUCCAAGACGGUUAUUAAACCAGAAUCUUGUGUUCCAUGUGGAAAGCGGAUAAAAUUUGGAAAGCUGUCCUUGAAGUGUCGAGACUGUCGUGUGGUCUCUCAUCCGGAAUGUCGGGACCGUUGUCCCCUUCCCUGCAUUCCCACCCUGAUAGGAACACCUGUCAAGAUCGGAGAGGGAAUGCUGUCAGAUUUUGUGUCCCAGACUUCUCCAAUGAUCCCCUCCAUUGUUGUCCACUGUGUAAAUGAGAUUGAGCAGAGAGGACUGACUGAAACAGGCCUAUAUAGGAUCUCGGGCUGUGACCGUACAGUAAAAGAGCUGAAAGAGAGAUUCCUUCGUGUGAAAACUGUACCCCUUCUCCGCAAAGUGGAUGACAUCCAUGCUAUUUGUAGCUUUUUGAAAGACUUCCUUCGAAACCUAAAAGAGCCUCUUCUGACCUUUCGGCUAAAUAAGGCUUUUAUGGAAGCAGCACAAAUCACAGAUGAGGACAACAGCAUUGCUGCCAUGUACCAGGCAGUGGGUAAACUACCCCAAGCCAACAGGGACACAUUAGCUUUCCUCAUGAUUCACCUGCAGAGAGUGGCUCAGAGUCCAAACACCAAAAUGGAUGUUGCCAAUCUAGCUAAAGUCUUUGGACCAACAAUAGUUGCUCAUGCUGUGCCCAACCCAGAUCCAGUGACAAUGUUACAAGACAUCAAGCAUCAACCCAAGGUGGUAGAGCGUCUGCUUUCACUGCCCCUGGAAUACUGGAGUCAGUUCAUGAUGGUGGAGCAAGAGAACAUUGAGCCCAUGCAUGUCAUUGAAAACUCAAAUGCCUUUUCAACACCACAGACACCAGAUAUUAAAGUGAGUAUACUGGGGCCUGUGACCACUCCCGAACAUCAGCUCCUCAAGACUCCUUCAUCUAGUUCCCUGUCACAGAGAGUCCGCUCCACCCUCAGCAAGAACACUCCCAGAUUUGGAAGCAAAAGCAAGUCUGCCACAAAUCUAGGACGACAAGGCAAUUUCUUUGCUUCUCCAAUGCUGAAGUGAAGUCAUGUCUGCCUGUUCCUUCCACAACAUUUGCCGAGUGCAGGAAAGGGCGCACCUGUACCUCCUGCUCUGCAGCCUCCUG